UACUCCCUGCAUGGAAUGCGGCCAGCACACCUGACUUCCCACUCACUAUACAUGCUAAAGACCCCUUCUGCUGUCCAGAAGAUAAAAGAGCUUCUGAAAGAUAAACCUGACCAUGUAGGUGUGAAAGUAGGUGUUCGUACAAGGGGAUGCAAUGGACUUUCUUACACCUUAGAAUAUACAAAAUCAAAAGGAGAUUCUGAUGAAGAAGUAGUUCAAGAUGGGGUUAGAGUGUUUAUUGAAAAGAAGGCACAGCUGACGCUUCUAGGAACUGAAAUGGACUAUGUAGAAGACAAACUGUCCAGUGAGUUUGUCUUCAAUAAUCCAAACAUCAAAGGAACGUGUGGCUGUGGAGAAAGCUUUAACAUCUGAAAUCUCAGGUCUACUUCUUUGACUUUGAGCAGCCCAAAACACUUACUAUUACGACUUUCAGAAGCAUAUGCAUUUUCUUCAGGUUUGUAGGCUGCAUAAAGUGGGGAUACUAUUAAGAAAAAUAAACUUAAAUAUUUGAAAAUAUAAGCUGUGUGUUAAAUUCCACCACUGAUGUAGUUAUGAUGUAAUUUGUGAUAAGCUGGGAUUUAAAAGGUAAGAACAGUAAGUACUGCACUAACAUCUCUGUACUUCCACUUGCCAAGGAAAUAAAAUUUCUCUCUUCUUUUCCUCUGUCAUUUUCUUUGUCAAUCCUAAUCAUACUUCCCCAUUCAAAACCAUUUGAAAGAAUACAUUGUGUUCUGCUUUGAUUUGGGGAAAACAAACAAACCAAUGAAAAAAAUUGCAACCAUUUCUAUGUGAGUGUUUAUAAAGAUUUAUACAUACAAACUCAGAGUCCUUGCUUACUUUGUAGUUUUCCAGUGCUUUUUUCUUUUACAAGUGCGUUUUCUGGUAGUUUA